AAGUUACAACAAGAACCUAAACCUCCUCAAUAGUCACCCAAAUACUAGAGAAGCAUGGAAAUUUGUCAAAAAUAUGAAAGGUGCCGGAUCCACUGAGUCUAAGCAACCGUGGGACGAUACCAAUGACGCUUUGUACCUUCAACAUCUAAAAAAUCAGGUGAGUGAUGAAGACGAUACAAAAGAAAAAGUAGAGCGGAAAGUUGCUUGCGCAGACAAAGUUCCUAUGUUUGAGGACAACGAGCUCAAAGGUGUACUUAAAAAUAAGACUAAAAGGUCCGCGGGUGGGUGUGAUCAGAUCACAUAUGAAAUGCUUCGAUCCUUGCCGGAAACAGCGACAAAAAACUUACUAACUGCACUAAACGAUGCCUUCACCAAGUGUGAAAUUAAUGACUCUUGGCGUAAGGUAAGAAUCGUCCCAAUCCCUAAGGCAAACAAAGACCUAAGUGACUAUAAGAAUUUCCGUCCAAUUUCACUUAUAUCGGUGCUAGUUAAGUCUAUAAACCUCAUGAUUAAAGGCAGACUGGAAGGCUUUUUAAAUGACAAAAAUAUUUAUCCAGAGAGAUCGUAUGCGUAUAGGAAAGGAAAGUCUGCGGCAAUGUGUAUCAAUGAUUUUCUACACAAAGUUGCCAGCUUAAAACAUGCAGGCAAAAAGGCAGUAGUUCUGACGCUUGACAUAAACAAUGCCUACAACUGUGUUACCCUAGGUAAGCUGCAGAGCCUGCUAGGGAACUUUGAAAUACCAGAUACGUAUAUAAAAUGGAUUAUUGAUUUCUUUGGCAAAAGAAUUCUGCACCUGGGCAAGGAGUCCAUAAUAAUAGAAGAUGGCCUGCCACAGGGCAGCUGUCUAUCGCCGCUACUCUUUAAUUUAUAUACAAAAGAACUACACAGUAUUGGGGACUCAGGGACAGACAUCUAUCAGUUUGCAGAUGACUUUCUGAUCCUAUCGCACGGGAGCAAUUGUGACAUAGUGAGACAAAACCUUGAGCAGAAGGCCAAACAAUUUUAUGAUAUUUGUACCAAACUAAAUUUGUCGUUCAACGUACAAAAAACUAAGCUAAUGUACAUCGCUAAAAGUAAUAGGCAAGAUGUACAAAUCAAAAUAAAUGAAAUCCCUAUUGAACAAGUGAGACAAAUUAAAUUCAUUGGUAGAACUAUAAACUCGUCGCUGACGGUAGGCCCGCACUUCCAAAGGUUAGUGAAUGACACAAAGAAAAACGCAAAUUUUUUGAAAUGUCUUACUCCAGUGAAAACAGGUAUAACACCCAAAGUGGCUGUUACCCUAUAUAAAAGCUUCAUUAGGUCCAAGGUCGAAGUCGCAAGAACCACGGCUGCAAGGAUACCGAAAACAAUAAACAAGAAAAUUAUGACUUUUCAGAAUGCCACCUUACGUAGAUGUCUAGGCCUUACACCUUCAACUCCAGUUCACACUAUAUAUGUUUUAGCAAAUGAACUUGAACCUCUGGAGAGGGGUAAAUAUCUAACUAGUAGGGAGUUAGUGAAGAUAAUGUUUGACAAUCCGACUCUCUUCAACAGCGUAAAAAAGGAUUUCUACCCAGAAUCCAGUUAUAGCUUAAUAUAUCACGAAUUCAAAAAUACUUUUGAUAAAAUUGAUACAGACUGCACCUUCCAAAAAAGCGUAGGUAUGACAGUAUUGGCGAAACCCGAGCUAAGGAAAAGAGAUACGACCAAAGAACAAUUUAAGGCAGAAUAUAAUCAAAAGAUUGACUUUUACAAGAACAACAAAUUUUCUAUCUUUGCAACUGAUGCUUCAGGGGGCGAAACAGCCAUGGGAUGUGGAGUAUAUAAUGUUACACAUAAUCAAAAAUUUUUUUUCAAGAUCAACUUUAAAACUUCCUCAGCCUUUGCAGAAGCAUGGGCUAUUGCCAAGGCAGUGGACAUUGCUGUUGAGGACGGGUUGAAGAACAUUGCAAUUUUCACUGACAGUUUAGUAGCAUGCAAUUGGAUAGAGAAAGAAAAGUCCAAUAACUACAUAGUAGCCCGCAUUCACAAACGCCUUAGUGAGGGGGGAAUAAACUGUGUCCUAACAUGGACUCCGAGCCAUGUGGGAAUACAAAUUAAUGAGACUGUGGAUGAAAUGGCAAAAACAGCCUUAGAAGUUGGCGCUCCUUUAAAUGUGAGCCUAACUCCUGAGGAAGCAAUCAGAAAAAUCAAUGAGGAACUAAGGAAAAAUUGGAAUGAUAGGUACCGCCAAACUGCAAAGGAGAAGGGAAAACUGUUUGCUGAAUACUUCCCAGAGAUUACAAGCGAUCCGUGGUAUAUUAAGUCCAAAAUGGAGGCUAGAGACAUAAAGACAAUAAACAGACUACUCACGGGACACACCUAUGACAGAGUAUACUUACACAAAAUUGGGGCAAGUGAAUCUGAUCGUUGUCAGAGCUGCCAAGCAACCGACAACUACAUCCAUGCCAUUUUUGAAUGUGGGAAACACAACUCCAUUAGGGAAAAAUAUGAUAUCUUUAACGAAUUUGAAAACCUCCAUCAUAUUCUCAAAAAACGCGACACCAGAGCGCUUAUAGAGUUAUGUAAAUUCAUCAGGGAAGCUGAAAUCAGCAUCUAAAAAAAGUGUAAAAAAAAGAAAUGAUAUAAACAAUUAAAGUAAAAAAGAACAACUCACCAAGAAACAACCAACUCAACACGAAGACAGAAUAAGUAGUCGAGCACUUUUCAGUGCUAAAAACAGCAUUUUUAAAUGCUACAUAACAUUAUAAUAUGAUAACUAAACAUAAACAAUCACUAUAACCAAAACUAAAAAUAACAAAUUUAAACGGCCGUUUAAAACAACGAAAGAACCAUAUCGUCAAGUUCAAGUUGAUCAAAAGCUGUCAACGCUCACACAGCCUUUUCGCUAAAAAUCAACUGCCAGAGGAAAUCAAUCUCAUCGCAACAAACAGGUUUUGAGCCAGAAAACUAGCGAUAAA